AUGAUUUCUUCAAAAGCUUCGAGAUAUGACAAGAGGCAGGCUGUUAUUGCACUCCACAAUACAGGCCGAACUACUGCCCAAAUCAAUAGAGAUACUGGCUAUCCAGUGAGAACUAUUCUUGAUACCAUCGUCAAUCAAGCCAAGCGAGGUCACACCGAUGAACUUCCCCGCACUGGGCGACCACCUACCCUCAGUACAUGGGAGAAAAAGAGAACAAUAAAGGUUAUAGAGAAUGAGCCGAGCUCUUCUCUAGUUAAAAUAAAAGAGUUAGCGGGACUCAAUUGCUGUUUUAACACGAUCAGGAAGUUCCUAAAAGCGGAAAAGUUAAUACUCCAUAUCAAACGACCCAAGCCAUGGAUGAGACCAGGUCACCCCAUACAGAGAAUGCAGUGGUGUAGUAGGAGGCAGCAUUGGCUUGUAGGCGAAUGGAGAAAAAGGGUGUGGAUAGAUGAGUGUAAGAUUGAAUAUGAUUUUAACCUAGCUGGUCAAAAGGUUCGAUAUCAUCCUGGGGAGCAUCUCAACGAAAAACACAUAAAACCAACGUUUAAGAGCAGUCACACUACGAUUCAAGUCUGGAAUGCAUUCCAGUACGGCUCUAGAUGCAAUCUAGUACUGGUGUGCAAACGCAAUUCCUCAGAACGAACUACGCAUACAGACAAAUUAGGCAUGAAUACGAAACAGUUCUGUGAGGAAAUUAUUGAGAGCAAUUUGGCUCCUUAUUGGCAGUCGUUAGAAGACCCGGAAGGCUUUUAUCUUAUUGAAGAUAAUCUAAAGGUUCAUCAGAAUAAGCUAUCAAAAGAGUAUAGGGCAGCAUAUGGGAUUAAGAGGGAUGAUUGGCCUGCUGAAUCACUAGAUCUCAACCCAAUUGAAAAUGCAUGGAGAACGUUAAAAAGUGCACUCAAAAAGCGAUGGAGUUCUAGAGAGAGAAGACCCCAUAGUGCACAUGAACUUUUUAUCGCUGCACAAGAGGAGUGGGAAGCAUUGUCUCAAUCAAAGCUGGAUAAAUUAGUAGACUCCUUGCCAUCAAGAGUUGAGGCCUGUCUCAAAGCCAAUGGGGGAUACACUAAAUGGUAG